CAUUUGCAUUUUGCAAGCAAGCAAGCAAAUUAGUUAGCAUGCCGUCCCUUCGAGCGGCCAUGGCGGACGGCGCCGAGCGCGUCGAGGCCACCACGAUCGGCAACGACAAGGAGACCCUGCUGAGCCUGCUCCGCGCCAAGUCAGAGCGGAGCGCCGACGCGGAGGAGAAGGUGGAGUGGGUGCGGUCGCAGAUGGUCGGCCGCGACGCCGAGUUCGACACGCCGUUCGGCCGCCGCGCCCUCGUCUACGCCGACCACACCGCCUCCGGCCGCGGCCUCCGCUACAUCGAGGACUACAUCCUCACACAAGUCCUCCCAUUCUACGGGAAUACGCACACGGAGGACAGCUACGUCGGGAGCAGGACAACGAAGAUGGUGAGGACGGCGGCGAGCUACAUCAAGCGCUGCAUGGGCGCCGGCGCCGACGACGCGCUGAUCUUCUGCGGGUCCGGCGCCACGGCGGCGGUGAAGCGGCUGCAGGAGGCGAUGGGGAUGGCCGCGCCGGCGGGGCCGCGUCUGCGGGCGCGGCUUCUCGCGCAGCUGCGCGCGGAGGAGCGGUGGGUUGUCUUCGUGGGACCCUACGAGCACCACUCCAACCUGCUGUCGUGGCGGCAGAGCCUGGCCGACAUCGUGGAGAUCGGCGCCGGCGACGACGGGCUCGUCGACCUCGCCGCGCUCCGGCGCGCGCUGGGCUCCCCCGAGUACGCGAAGCGGCCCAUGCUGGGGUCAUUCUCGGCGUGCAGCAACGUCACCGGCAUCGUCACCGAUACCCGAGCAAUCGCGCGCGUCCUGCACCAGCAUGGGGCUUUCGCCUGCUUCGACUUUGCCGCGAGCGGGCCCUACGUGGAGAUCGACAUGAGGUCGGGCGGCAUGGACGGCUACGACGCCGUGUUCCUCAGCCCGCACAAGUUCCCCGGCGGCCCCGGCGCGCCGGGCCUCCUGCUUAUGAACCGCUCCCUCUACCGCCUCGCCGCGCUGCCGCCCACGACGUGCGGCGGCGGCACGGUCGCAUACGUCAACGGCCGCAGCGAGGACGACACGGUGUACCUCGACGACGUGGAGGAGCGCGAGGACGCCGGCACGCCGCCCAUCACGCAGAAGGUGCGCGCGUCGCUCGCGUUCUGGGUCAAGGAGCACGUCGGCCUCGGCGCCAUCGCGCUCCGCGAGCGCGUCCACGCCGACGCCGCCAUGCGGUGGCUCCUGUCCAACCCCGCCGUCGAGGUGCUCGGCAGCGUCGAGGCGCGCCGCCUGCCGAUAUUCUCCUUCCUCGUCUACCCCGGCGGUGACACGGCGCCGGGGAGGCGGCUGCCCCUCCAUGGCCGGUUCGUCGCGAAGAUCAUGAACGAUCUGUUCGGGAUCCAGGCCAGGGGCGGCUGCGGCUGCGCGAGCCCGUACGGGCACGUCCUCCUCGGCGUCCACGACCAGCUCUCCCUACGCAUCCGCUCAGCCAUUCUUAAAGGCUAUCUCGGUGUGAAGCCGGGAUGGACGAGGGUGAGCUUCGCCUACUACAUGCCACCGGAGGAGUUCCGGUUCAUCCUCGCCGCCAUCGAUUUCGUCGCGGCGCACGGCCACCGGUUUCUGCCGCUCUACAAUUUCGACUGGGCCACGGGCAACUGGACCUUCCGGCGCCGCGCGGUCAAGCACCACCUCAUGAUGGAUGAGCUGCUGCAUGAUCUUGGCAGCUCUAACACGAAGACCAAGGGGAACAAGAGAGCUGUCGACGACAACGACAAGUUCGAGAGCUACCUGCAGUUUGCCACCAAGCUCGCGCUGUCACUGCCGGAGACGUGUGAUGACUAUGAGCAGCAGCUUCCCGAAGGAAUCGACCCUGACAUUAUACUUUUUAGGGCGUGAGACGUAUAAAUUUUCGUGAUUUCUAAAUGAGCUAUGAUGCAGAUAUGCCCAUUCACUUCGGAAAAUAUAUGUAACGAUUGUCGACUCAGCUAUCUCCGGCCAUUUGAUCAGUGUUGCGUACCUAGUUUUAUGUCCGUGGUAUGCGUAUGAAGAGUGCUAAAUUAAAAAUGAUAACAAUGUUAUGCAUAUAUGAUCCAACGGUUUUGCUAA